UCCACAACAGCAUAAGGACUAACUACACCAACCUGGAAUAUAAACAGCAGAAAGUAUUUAUUAUUCCUACCAUUUAGCAGUGAAUAAACGAACCGAUUUCCGAUCCCUGCAGGCUUCGGUAUUUGCAUUCGUCCGCUGCCCGCUGUAUUGUGUAGUAUUUUCCGCUUUUGCCUCGGUUUUCUCAUGACGCGACUUGGGACGCAGGCAGUUAGAACAUGUCGUAGGUCGCCAAAAGUUAGGACGAAAGUUACUACAAGCAAAUCCAGACAUCCCUCUGCACCAGAACUGCGAGGUGUGAUUGCUAGCUAGCUAAUAGGCCCGGCGGCCGCCGUCACACUUCGUGCGCAUGCGUUGAGUCGGUGGGUGUGGCUCAGCUGCCAUCCGACGACUGCUAAAAGUUUUGUGCUCGACAAUGUCUUCUCUCGCCGAGUACCUUGCGGCCAUUGACUCCGCUUUGACUUCCCUAGGAGAAGGGGAUGAAAUACACAUAACCGUCGGCAACGAGUCUUGCGACCUAGACUCGAUUGUGUGCGCCAUAUGCCAUGCCCAUUUCUUGGCUCAACUGCAGAGGGAGAACCGCCUUUUUCUGCCUGUCCUCCAGUGUUCACGUGACGACUUGUCUCUCAGGACCGACGCUGUGUGGCUGUUAACCCAGCUGGAGUUGGAGCCUGCCAACUUUCUCUUCAUGGAGGAAGCCCUCCCUCGACUGCAGGCCGCCAGAAAGGUUUCGGUGACACUGGUGGACCAUGCCACACCCACUGGUCCUCUGGAGGAACUCCCCAAUGUGGAGAUUGCCGGUGUCAUCGACCACCACCCUUCAUCCUUUUCCUCCCCUAGACCUGCAGAUCAUGUGGUGGAGGCUGUUGGUUCGUGUGCCACACUUGUUGCAGAGAGAUUGCUGGGGGAGGACGAGUAUUCCGUGACAAAACCAGUGGCAACUCUGUUGCUGGGAGCAAUUCUACUAGAUACAGUUGGGCUGGAAGAUAGAGCAGGGCGUGUCACUAGCAAAGACAAGGUGAUGGCUGAAAGACUGGGUGCGUGGGUUGAUAUGAGUUUCACUGAGCUCUACACCAGCCUCUCCGAGGCCAGACUCUCAGUUGCUGGACUCUCACCUCACCAGCUGCUUCGAAAGGACUUCAAGAGUGUUGUAGCUGGGGAGCACCGCCUGGGAUUCAGCUCUGUGACCUGCCAGCUCUCACCUGAACUGCUUGUCAGUGACGACAUGGAGCAGGCUGUGCAGACAGUGUGCCAGACUCACAGUCUGUCGGCUCUGCUGGUCCUGGGAGUGAGGGUGGCAGGAGACUCUGUCAGCAGAGAGAUAGCCAUCUUCCAGGGAGAGGGUGCGUCAGAGGUGGCAGACACAGUGGCCAGUCUCCUGGAGAGUGAUGAGGGACUCCAGUGCCGCAGACUACCUUCUUUCUCUUGCAUCUUGUUCCAGCAAGGGAAUCCCAGUCUCUCCCGGAAACACAUCCUACCACUUGUCCUCAAGUUCAUGUCCUCGCUGUCUCAGGACCAGGAGAGUGGAAGAGCAGACAGAGAGGAGGAUAUGAUUGAUCCCCAGCGACAGCCGCAGGAGAUGAUCCCAGAGUACACAUACGAGGAGGAGGUAUGCAAUAGAGGAUGUGUGAGGUAUGUGGGUCCAGAGAGACAGGCUCUGCUGGUCAUCUCUGCCUGUUACCUGCCUCCUCGCUCCCUCCCUCAAUACGACACCACAGUUGACCACCUCUUCUUGUACAUUGGAUCAGUGUUGCAGCGACUUGUGGUGGAUGACUACCAGCUGGUCUACCUGCACAGUGGAGCUCCCCAGCACAGUAUGCCUUCCUUCUCUCUCCUCCGCAAGUUCUACCACAUGUUGGACCGUAGAUUGAGAAAGCAGCUAAAACACCUCUACAUAGUCCAUCCUACAUUCUGGGUACGCUCCAUGCUGCAACUGGCUAGGCCAUUCAUCAGCUCUAAGUUCUAUCGAAAGGUUCACAUUGUCCGCAGACUGGACCAGUUGACUGUUCCACUGGAGCACUACCUCAUCCCAGCCCCUGUGCUCAGAGCUGACUCUGCCCACCUGCCACACCCAUCUCAGCCUUCCAGGAGAUACACUGCAGACAAACAGCUCUAGCUGUAUAAUAUGCUGUAUACUAAACUCUAUUAUUGUGCCCUGAUGCAUUCCUCAGUUACGCAUGCGCAUUGAAGAAGAAGAGUGGGCGUGUCCGGUGGAGAAGAGAGACAGUAAUGGCGCAGCAGUGUAGGGUGCCCCGGGCGUACUGCGCUAGACUUGUGUCAGCGAGGAGAUUCAGCCUGCAGAGUACGGAACAUGAGCGGUACAUACAGAGGACUCGAGUCCCGAUGCUGCACUUUCAGCCCAGCCUGCCUCGCCUCCCCAUUCCCAAACUCUCAGACACCUGUUCCAGAUACUUGGACGCCGUGAGACCCGUCACUAGCUCUGAGGUGUUCUCAAGGACCGAGACAGUAGUGACUGACUUUCUACGAGAUGGAGGAGAGGGAGAGGCACUGGAUAAGCGUCUGAGAGAGCUGGACUCGAGAAACGAACACACCAGCUAUGUGGCAAAGCCAUGGUACAACAUGUACCUCUCAGCAAGAGAGCCCCUGGUACUUAACCACAACCCAUUCAUGGCCUGGAAACCAGACCCCUUCACCAGUAACCAGGCUCUCAGAGCCACCAACUUCAUGCAAGCAGCAGUGCUGUUCCGUAACUCCCUGGAGGACGGUCAGCUGGAACCAGAAAUGUUCCACCUCCAUCCACACAAGUCGGACAACGACCUGUUCAGGAACAUUGUCAGACUGGUGCCCAGCUCUCUGUCGUGGUACAUGGCCUACCUCUGGAAGGUGUUCCCUCUGGACAUGAGUCAGUAUUCCCGACUCCUUUGCUCCACUCGUCUUCCUCGGCACCAUAUCGAUGAGCUCGUCUCUUACUCCGGACACUCCCACGUGGUUGUCAUGAGAAACGGACACCUCUACUCCAUCCAAGCUGCACAGGAAGAUGGAACUCCGGCAAGAAGUGAAGUCAUUCAUUCCCAGCUCAGCUGGAUCUUAGAGCAACCUUCCACCCCUCCCUCCCACCCCAUCUCCUUCCUCUCUGCCUCCAACAGAGAUUGGUGGGCUAAUGUCAGACAGGAGCUGGAGGGAGAGAGUGAGAAGAACAGAGAGUCGCUGGCAAAGCUGGACUCUGCCCUGUUUGUCCUCUCCCUGGACGACUCUGAGGUAGCAGACGAGGUGGGCGCCACUCACACACUCCUGCACAACCAUGGAAACAACAGGUAUGCCACACCUCCUGUUUGAUCUUCUCCCUGCCACUCUCUGGGUCUGAAGAUGGUUUGACAAGUCAUUCAACCUGAUUGUGACUAAGAACGGACUGUCUGCUAUCAACUUUGAGCAUGCCUGGGGGGACGGAGUCGCGGUUCUGCGUUUAUUCAAUGAAUUGUACAAGUACACGACCUCUCACCCCUGUACAAUGCCUGCAGACACAAAGGUCUCAGGUGAGGGAGUCACCAAGUUAGAGUUCCAGCUUAAUGACAGACUGAGGAGUUCGGUGGAUGAGGCCAGAGCUAAUGUUCAUAAAACUUGCAGCACUCUGUCAGCUUGUGCCUCCAAGUACCAUCGCUAUGGCACCAGCUUCAUCAAGAGCUGUGGACUGCGUCCUGACCCUCUCAUGCAACUUGCCUUUCAGGUGGCGUACUACCGACUAUAUGGAGAACUGGCUCCUAGUUACGAGUCCUGCAGCACAGCAGCCUUCAGACAUGGCAGAACAGAGACAAUCCGACCUGCCACUGCAGAGGCCAGGACAUGUGCAGAGCUGAUGGAGCCCAGACACCCUGCCUCAGUCAGUGACAUGAUGGCUGCCAUUGUCGCAGCUACAAACAAACACUUUGACCUCACAAGAAACGCUGCCAUGGGUCAGGGGUUUGACAGACACCUGUUUGCUCUGAGGACUCUGGCAGAGGAAGAAGAUGACAACCUUCCCGCCAUCUUCACCGACCACUCCUACCAGCACAUGGGCCACAUCAUCCUGUCCACCAGCACCCUCUCCACUGACUCAGUGCUCAUUGGAGGCUUUGCCCCAGUGUCCCAUGACGGCUACGGCAUUGGAUACAAUGUGUUUCCUGAUAGUCUUGGCUGUAAUAUAACGACCUACCCUGCCAGAGAGGGUGACCAGUUAAUGUCGUGUCUCCACCAGACACUGGACCACCUUCACUCCCUCAUGACUGGACACAACUUCAAAUGAAACAGCAGGGUGUAGGUCAGACUGUAUACACAUUAGGUCUUCUGUAUUGUACACAGUUGAUUCAAAAUUGAAUAUGUACAUGUUUGACAGUCUACUGGUGCUGCUGCAAGGUCACGUUGAUUUCUCCAAUAAUGUUGACUUCCCUCUGUCUGUACAGCAGUGAUAUCUCCUGCUCUACCUGCCUCUGGAGACUUCUAGUCUCAAUGCUCAGCCCAGACAACUGUGGCUCCACACUCAUUGCCAUGGCAACUGCCUCAUCUCUCCUGACAACUGCUAGCUCUGCCUGUGCUGGGACACUGGUGGUUACACACACACACACACAGAGAGAGAGAGAGAGAGAGAGAGAUACUCUGUGCACCUGAGCCUGGGCCUUGUUUGCCAGGAGUUGGGGGGAGAGGAGGGAGGAGGCCAUUCUGUCGAGGUAGUGCCCUGAGCUCUUCAUGAGGAGUAGGUGCUGAGUGCGAGGACUGGUGAGAGGUGUGAGGACUGCUAGAACACAGUCCAGCAUACUCUGCACACUCUCUGCUCCUUUCUGCUUCACCUCUCCACCAUCACCACUGAACUAUAUACUCGACAACGACAUGAUGAUUACACAUAUAUUAUACAUAACAGGUGCACCUGUGCUUGAUAUGGACACCACAGUUUUCAAUUGCAUUUCGAUCUGCAAGGCUGUGUGGCCAACAUUAAUGCCAGUUCACAAAAACUAUAUGAUGUCACUUUGUCCGCUGUGUGCAGAGAGCAAAUCUACACACAUUGGAACACACAAAGGCCCUUGCUUGUGGUGUUCCAAGCUCAGCUAGUAUAUAGGGCCUGAGGGCUUCUACAUGCGUUCUUGGACAAGCUGCCUAUUCCAUAGGGUGACGCACACCUCAUUACAUGCUGGUUGCACCACAGGCACUCGGAAUUGAAGAAACUACCAGAUUUCAUGGCGCGUGAGACAGCUAUAUUAUAGUCUACAUUUGUGCUCACCUGUCCAGAGAGAAUGUCGUCAGUUCUGGUGAGCUCUCGAAGUCUCCAGGAAAUGAAUUCCUUCAGCUCCAUGAUGUCGUCAAGGAAGAGAGCCCUGGUGACAGGACUUGACAACAGGGUCUCCAGGUCUCCUGCUGAGUCAGCACAACUCUUGCUUUGCUGUUUGAGGGAUGCCACGCCUUCUUCCUGUCUGCCUCCCUCUCCUCCCUUCUCAACUGCUGAGUCCUCCAACACUACAAUGUCCCCUAGCUCCAGGAUCCCCGGGUUAUCCCAGUCAAUCCCGUCUGACUGGUUCUCAAUCCCAUCUGACUGGAUGUCUGAGGAGAGGUCUCCCCAGUCAAUGUCUCCAGCCUGUGGCUGCUGGCUUCCAGCA